ACCCUUGCGCCAGUGAUACAGCUCAUUACCUCUCUCUCAGUCCAACUUCCAUUUUUUCCCUAUUCUUCAAAGUAGGUACCUUCAAGGUGCCAUUGAAACUGUUGGACGUGUUACAGUAUCCACCUACCUCGUAGCCUUGAACCGUGACUAUUACCAGCCAUCUGGGAUUCUCUCUACCAAAUCGUGCGAUACGGGGUUCGACGGUUCCGUCUUCGAGAACCUUAAUCCCUGCGCCAACUUAUUUUGGUUGAUCUUUCCGAACAAAAUACGCGUCGUUGGCUAGAUGGCACAUGAUGCGUGUUCACGACUUCCACAGGAGAUUCUUGACGCAAUCAUUGAUAUCGUCGGGGUUACCUCACCGCGUAGCGAAGCAUUCAAGGACCUCAUUUCAUGCUCCUUGGUAUCACGGCGUUUUCUCCCUCGAACUCGGCACUUUUUGUUUGAGGCCAUCUACCUUUCUACGCCUGAAGAGAUUCUGUCCUACCACGACAUGUGUCUCAAAAAUCCCAUUAUACCAGCUUCGGCAAGAACCCUUAUCCUCGACACCCGGAAGCUCAUUUCCAACACCUUUAACGAUUCACCGUUAAUAUCGAUUCUGCAAGUCACGACCAAUAUCGAAACCAUAGCCUUCCACAACGUAUCAUGGGAAGAGCUAUCUCCAGGGCUCUUGUGCGCGUUGUCACGCUAUCCUCUGAAAAAUCUGCUUCUCAGAAAUUUCACCAUUUCGUCGGUGUCUUCAUUCCACUCCUUCAUCAGAAACAGUGCUACGCGCAGCCUUGGCCGGCUUGGUCUCUAUGGGUCGCUCAAGGUUCUCGGUUCCGAUGAUGGUGAUGGAGGUACCGAGGAGUUAGCACCAGCCCCUACAAGACCGGUUCUUGUCAAGUCUCUAUCAGUUGCUUGUUCUCAAAAAUUUCAAGAUACGGCAAGCACCAUCCUUUUCUCCCCAUUAUCGCCUUUCAACUUCGUUGGUCUUAUCGACACUGAGGUAGCACUUUGUCAAGAUGCAGACCACGAUACACCACUUCCGGCCCAAGAUGCUAUCUGCGUCUUGCGGGACAUAGUUUCAGCGUCGGAUCCACUGGUGCUCGCGCACAUCAAUAUAUGGAGAUCAUUUCAGCGGGCGCCCCCGCCUUCUCUGUUAUACCUUCCCUCUCUACGCACACUCGGAUUUCUUCUAAACAAUGCAUCGGAAAGCCUUGGCUUCCAGCCCAUUUCGGUUUUACAAUGGUGGAUUGAUGUUAUGAUGCACUCUGAGUGCUACUCGCUGUCUACGCUUUCCAUCACUGCAAUCGCUGCAAGACAACGCUGGAUUACGGAUAAGGAUGCCUUGACUCAAUGGCGUCGCCUGGAUAGAGAACUAUCAUCGUCUCGGUAUGAUGUGCAGUCAGUAUGUAUCAUCUUCAGGGAGGAUUAUUUCAAAAGGGGGUGUUGCAGAUACGGGACAAUUGAUAGUACCAAACCCGAGGCGACAUUGUGUUUUCUCUGUAAACAAUCGUCUAAUUGAAGAACGUUUCUCAAGACGUACAGCUUAAGUAUAGCUGGUACUCGUGAUAGUCUGGUCGCUGUGAUCUUAGAGCUAAUAUCGUCGACCCACG